CAGCUAGAUCAGACGAAGGGCGGGGUUCCCCUUCCAAUCGAGGUGGAAUGGUGCAGGCCAAGAGGGAGGAUUCUUUCAUUGGAGAAAGAGCAAGUGAAAAGGGAGUGCAGGAUGAGUGAAGAAGAGCAGAACCCAGCUGCCGUUCCCACUCCUAUGUCUGAUGUCCAGGGUGAUGGGCGCUGGAUGUCUAUGCACAAUCAUUUUGUGUCCAGCAGCAAAGACAAGGAGCCUGAAGUAGUGUUCAUGGGAGACUCCAACGUCCAGAUAAUGCACCAGUUUGAGGUCUGGAGGGAGCUUUUCUCCCCACUCCAUGCUCUGAAUUUCGGUGGGUUAAGUGAUGGAACACAACAUGUUUUGUGGAGACUGGAAAAUGGAGAACUUGAUCACGUCAAACCCAAGAUCAUAGUCCUGUGGGUCGGCACAUAUAACCAAGGGCACAGUGCUGAACAGAUUGCAGGAGGAAUUAUUGCCAUCAUCCGGUGUAUCAAUCAGAGGCAACCGCAAGCCAAAGUCAUUGUAAUGGCCUUGCUCCCACGCGGAAAGAACCCAAACUGUUUACGGAACAGGAAUCUACAAGUGAACAAAUUACUGGAGAAAGAUCUGCCCUCACUGCCCAACGCAUUCCUGUUAGAUGCUGACCCGGGCUUCGUGCAUUCCGACGGCACCAUCAGUCACCAUGACAUGUAUGAUUAUCUGCACUUGAGCCGGCACGGCUACGCCCGAGUGUGCCCCACGUUGCACCGUACACUUCUGCAGCUUCUGGAAGGCACGGGCACCCCCCCUGAUCAGUAAGCACCAACCAGCAAGGGGGGGGGAAUCAGGAGUGAUGGUACCGGAGAUGGUGUAAGUUCCUUACAUUGGGGCAGAAGGCAAGUACGGCAAAAGAGUCUCCUGGAAUAGUGGAUCAGGCGCAUUAGUAGCUAGUCAUUUCCCUAGAAGAGUAGGAUUGAACCAACUAACUGCCUCAAUUACAUCCAAAACUGCCCCUAGGGAGGGCAGCACAGACUCUCUUUUUCCCUUUUCUUGGCAUGUGGUUCUGCGGCAUCUCGUUGUUUUAUUUCCCUUGUAUUGUGUCAUAUUUGUGUAUUUGUAUCCCAAGUCUAUCACUCUAUCGCUCUAUCACUUGCACUCAGAGCCAUAUAAUAAACCUGUUUUUUUUUACUUUA